CUCAAAAAUGUAUCCGUGUUAGCGUACAUAUUUUUUACAUACAUGUUAAGAAUAAAAUAAUUAUAAAAACAAAAAAAAACGGAGAAAUUCCAGUAAAAUGCCAAAUACGAGGCGCAGGAGGUUUUCGGUACAAAACAAGGUGGUAUCUAGCAAUCCAACAGCUCAAAAUGAGGCGCAUAGUCGCAAGACAAAUCAAGAAAAUUCAAGAAACGUGAAGCAACGACGUAAGUUUGCUCCUAAUACUACACCACCUGUUCUUGAAACCUUAGAAAUAGUAACUGAAUGUGCAAGCGUUGUUUCUUUAGAAACUCCAUCGGCUACAAAGAAGCACAAUGAUGAUGCGGUAACAGUGGACAAAGACGUAACUGCUAGUUCGAGCAAUAUUGAUUUCUUCAAUAUCAUGAGUGCUACAGAUGAUAAUGAAUCCGUUUCAUCGUCAAAAGAGACAAUCAUUGUAAAGGAGACGCCAAAUAAAAACAAGGAUAAUUCAGUGAAAGAACGAACAGAUAAUGAUAAACAAUCGAGAGAUAGAAUGUCGUUUAGAAAAGAUAAAUUACCAAGGCCACACCGCGUUAAAGUUCGAAGUCCUAAAAGAAGUAUUACAAUAUUAGAGACAAAGCCUGAAACCAAAGAUACAAUAGCUGAAACUAGAGAUAAAAUACCUGAAGUAAUUUGUUGUUCUGUUGAAGUAGACGCAAUUAAUUGGACUAAAGAAUUGCAAGACCAUUCUAUUCCUGAAGUGGUGACGAAUGUUGUGGAAGUAGCUGAUGAAAUUCGAGAAAGCGAGCAUUCUUUGGACGAUAUGUGUCGUAUCUGUCAUGGUGGCGAGGCGUUAUCGGCGGAGCUGGGGCAGUUAAUUUCGGCGUGUUCGUGUCGUGGUACCGUGGCGAGGGUCCACGUCAAAUGUUUGGAGCGGUGGUUGACAGAGUCUGGCAAAUCCCGAUGCGAACUUUGCGGGACGAGAUAUAUCACACGACGUGUGCAUCGAUACGGUGUGCCUAGGGCCCUGGUCAUGUGGAUAUUGAGUCAGAACGCUAAACAGUUGAUGGUUGACAGCCUUGGCAUCAUGCUGAUGUCUCCUCUAGCAGUGUUAGCUGCCUGGCUCUCUGGCAGAACCCUGGCUGGCCUGAUGACACAAGAGAGCCACGUGACCCCGUGGCCGUUGGCGUCGACUUUUGUUUUGGCGUGCAUGACUCUUUUUCGAAGACCUGGUUAUCUUACCGAACUCUGGCUAUCCUACGAAGAUCUCGCUGCUUCCCCGUGGCCUAUGGCUUCUGCCUUCGUUCUGUCCUGUAUGGUUAUUAUGGUUUGCUAUUAUUGUUGGAUAGUAUCUGCAGCGACGAGACACGCGCUAAGCUGGUGGAUCUGGUACCGGUCCCAGUACGAAGUGAGGCUGCAACUCCAGGAUUCUGAUGAGUGAACAGAUUUGAGGUCUUUCGCAGCGGUGACGUUUCCUGUCAAACUAGUCGCCUGAUUCAUCUGCACACCAGUCGAUUUGAACAUUAGCGACGUGACGCGAUAUUAUGAUCAGCGAUCGUGCAAAAUUCAUUUAUUCGCAUUUUCCUUAGAUCAGCGCUAUAUUUUGUAAACAAUUUAUUUGUCAUAUGUUUAUAAUGUUUUAGUCAUGAAAAAAGCUAAGUAAUGUUUAUGUAAGUAUUUAAUUAUCCGUUGUAUUUUGUGCAUUUUUAGAUGAAAGAAAUUCAAAACAAAUAUUUUGAAGAAAUAUUAUGGUGCUAAUUAGUUUUUUUCAUUUCUUCACAAGUCUCUCUAUGGUACAUUAAAACUGAUGGUUUUUAUAAGGAUUUUUUAUUGUUCUAAGAAUUUAUUUAUUCACGCAAUAUGCUGUCCCACCAUCACAAAUUACAUUGUAUUUGGUUUGCCUCGCCGAGUUUAUCCGUUGAAGUGUAUAUCCAUUGUUAUACAACUGGUGAUACAAUCAUUAAUAUUUCAAUUAAAUUAUUUGUGACCCAAAUGAAAAAUGCACGAUUUUGUACCAAAUGUGAAAUGUUAUGAUUUAUAUUAAACGAAAUGACACAACAUAGUUUAUUUAUUAGUAUAAUAUUCUGAUAGAUAUUGAUUAGGAAAGUCUCCAAGCCUCGUGAUAGCUAUCAUACCUUCAAAAUUAAAAUUUUAUAAAGAUUUUACAAUAUGUCAUGUACGUUAAUAAAUUUUAAACUAAAUUGGAA